AUGCAAGAUAUGAGUGAGGAAAUCGAAGACUAUAACUACAACCAAGAAGCCAUGGAAUUUACAAGUAUCACAGUUUUUCCACUAAAACGAAAGCGAGAGACAAGUUCAUCCGGCUAUUCUUCAGCUAGGUUUGCCGAAAAAAUACCAGAAGAUUACAUUUGCAAGAUAUGCAGUGAUGUAGUGAAGCAUCCUGUUGAAUGUGCUCUCUGUGGAACUCUUCUAUACCUAAUUCUGAGAAAUUACCUGCUGGUGACCGUUAUCCUUUUUUCAUUUCUAAAUAGGAUAACCUGUAUCAAUAUUUUAUUGAUUGUAAAUAGAUAUAUGUGAGGAUUGCACAGCUAAGCCAAUAAACCGAAAUUGCACAGUUUUUUCGACUUUGGAUUUUGAAAGACGCCCUGCUUGUCCGGUUUGUUCAACGAUCAAUACUAUGAGAAAGCCAAGCCGUGUGCUAAGGAGGAUGAUAAGUGAGCUAAAAAUUUGCUGUAAAAAUAGGAAGAGAGGAUGUGAAUUCAUAACGACUUUAGAUCUUUUAGAAAGCCAUGAGUCUCUUUGUUCAUACAAAGUAAUUAAAUGUGGAAAUAGUAAAUUUUGUGGCAUUAAAGGCACCAUCCAUAAUUUUAUACCUUUAGAUCCAGCUUUUAUACGAACCAACUCAAUGAUCAGAGAGGGUAGCGGAUACGUAUGCUCUGAAGUAUGCAAAAGAGAAGUCAUAUUUGAUCGACUGAUUCAUAGCAGCUAUAUCCAAGAAGCUCUUCUUGACUAUUUCCAGGUUGUUUCAGAAAUAGAUGAACGUAAACGUUCCAUUAAUUAG